AUGAGCAAUGGAAGCGAGAACCAUCCAUCCGCAGGCAGUCUGGUGGGAGGGCCGACGCCCUCUCCCGCCAUAGCUAAGAAGGUCAAAAAAGUAGUCGAGCUGAGACUGGAUGCGCCAGAACUUUCAGCGGCACUCGACCAGCUUACAGAGUUCUAUGGAGCGAAUACCCUGGAAAACAGGAGGAAUCUCAAGUCUUGCAUUGAGAAGCGAGGGAUCGAUGUGAACCAUCAGUUCAUCAACUGCUUUGAGGAUGUGAUGAAGAAAUUGGACCAUGUGGAAAACUACGUGAUGAAGUUGUCGGACUGCUCUCAGAGGAUGCAACAGAGGCUUCAUACAGCUCAGACAACAACAGCACAGGUGCUCAAACUCACGGAGCAGCUGCAGAAGAAGGAACACACGGCAGAGGCACAUAAGAACCUAGUGCUGGCGUUCCUUGAUCGGUUCCGACUGAAACCAUCGGAGAUGCAGCUCCUGCAGACCGGAGAAGUCUCGGAUCCUUUCCUUGAAGUUCUCGAUAGAGUUGGUCAGAUCCAGAGCGAAAGCAAGCAGCUGCUGCGGGUACAUCAUAAGACCGCCUUGAUGGACAUUGUAGACGAGGCUGCGUCGUUGCAGGAGAAAGGAUUUGAUCGCCUGUAUCGCUGGUUGCAAAAGGAGUUGUCAAACGUGCAGGGCGACAGUUCAGAUGUUCCGCUGCUUGUCAAGAAGGGUCUCAAGACUCUUCGAAGCAGAAGCGCUCUGUACAAAGUGUGUCUGGAGGACCUCGCGGUCUCACGUCGUCAAGCCCUUCAUAAGAGAUUCGUCGCUGCACUCAGUCGAGGCGGACCUGGCGGAACUCCGAAGCCCAUUGAGAUCCAUGCCCAUGAUCCCCUUCGCUACAUCGGCGACAUGCUUGCUUGGGUGCAUCAGGCACUGGCGUCAGAACGCGAGCUUCUGGCUUCCCUGUUCAUCGCGACUCGUCCAGACAGCUCAGAGCCUUCAAAGAUGAAUUCCGUAACCGCCAGGGUUGAAGAGGACAAAGUCUUGGCAGGGGUGUUGGACGGUGUCAGCUCGACUGUGCAGGCUCGGGUAGAAGCAGUCUUGCAGAGCCAAUCGUCAGCAGUGCUGAUCUUCAAGCUUGGAAAUCUUCUGCUCUUCUACUUACAUACCAUCGGAGGAUUGCUUCCGGACGGAGCCUCUCUGACCAGCACCAUUCAAGGCUGUCACAAGCUUGCUGGGAAGCUUUUCAUGGAACUGCUUACAGCUUCGUCUCAGCGGCUCUACAAACAGCCCCCGCCCUGCCCAUCGACCCUUGCUCCUCAUAAUGAUAUUCUUGCGGCUUUGGAAGAACUGAAGGAAGUUAUGUCAUCUUUCGACGCAUCGCUUAUACCAGCAAGAUUGCGUGAAAAUUAUUUCAAGCCUGUCGUGGAAGAAGGCGUGGAGCCUCUGAUUGGUGCUUGUGCUCUAUCUGCCAACGCCAUCACUCCAGCGGAAGGCAGUAUCUACCUGGUCAACUGCUUGCUCGCCAUCCAGACGUUACUGCAACGUUACGACUUCUGCGCGUGGAGGAUCCCGAGGCUGCAGAAUCAGAUCGCGCAGGCGCUGGAGCAAGGGAUCAAGGAGCAAGUGUUGAUCAUAAUGCGACAGUGCAACCUAGACGACAAGAUGUACUCUGUUCGUUCGUGGAAAUCCGAGCAGCGAGGGGAGGGGAUGGAGUCCUUAUCCGGCAUGGUCGGCAUGGACCCGCUCGCUCUUAGCAUCAGCCUGAAGCAGUUCUACGGAGUCGUUCUCACCAGCUCCCUGGAGUAUCGUUACGUCGACAGGCUGUCGACCAGCUCGAUACGCUCGUCCGCUCGUAGCAAGGUGGCUGCGGGCAUCACACAGAGCUACAAGGAGCUCUACGACGCCAUCAUCUCGCCGGAGUCAGGGUACAGGGAACCGCACGCUAUCUUGCUGCACGGGCCGCAGCAGAUCGAGAGCCUGCUCAUGGGGUCUGUUUGA